AAGCGACCGGAAGUGAACGUUCACACGUUUGUCCUCCACUGGCCGUCGUCCUUCUGGUAAUAAGCUGUAGGACAUCUCACCUAAAACCAUGGUGUUCGAGGAGAAAGUGAUCUCAAACGGUGAUCCGCAGGAGGAGGAAGAGGAAGAGGAUGAGGAAGAGGAACUGGUGGACCCCUUAGAGACAAUUCGGCAGAAAUGUGAGCAGACUGAGCACUGUGUCCACGCACGGGAGAAGCUGGAGAUUUGUGAAACCCGAGUGGGCUCACGGUCGGCGACCACAGAGGACUGUACUGAGGAGCUCUUCGACUUCCUGCAUGCACGAGACCACUGUGUGGCGCACCAGGUCUUUCACUCGAUCAAAUGAGGUCCAAGACGUCAUCAUGACCUCUGUGCUUCUAGAUGCCCCCCAGUGUCCACAGUGUGACGUCAAAGCCACCCUUCCAUGCCCAGCACCAGUGUGUUUAUGUUGAACUGUUGUAAUGUGUACAUUUCUAAAAUAAAAUGUAUAAUCUGUAUCAA